ACUUAAUUGACCCGAUCCGACAACUAUUUCUGAUCUCCCAGUAAGCGUGAAAUAAUGAAACUCAGCGGGACUUCUCGGGCUGGAAGCCAAAGCCAAUGUCUGCAACUCACAGCCAGCACGUGCUUCGCUUGGUCCUCUCAUGCCGCAGCAUCAAGGCCCACGUCACUCAGCCGGGGACAUCCUACAUCGUCGCCAUGGCCUCCUCCACCGAGCAAGAAUUCCUCAUCCAAUACCGAUCCAAGCUCGACCAAUUCCCCCGCUCCCGCCGCUUCUGGGACUCCAAAGACGCUUCCAAAGUCGGUGAGAAGCUCGGCUUCCGCUUGAAGGAAAUCGGCAUCAGCAACAUCGCCAUCGAUGUCGAUGAAGAGAUCUCUAGACCUAUUGACCGCCGUAGAUUGGUUUUGCCGGUCUUUGAUUCUUUACGCCGAGUCGGUGUGGAGAUCGAUGGUGCCGAAAGAUUGAGCCAAAUUGGCCAUAACCAGGAAAAACAUAGCGUGUUUGGGUUGGUGGCAGCAGAACUAGUGCCUGGUUCAAAAUGAAUUUGUGGAACUUAGAAAAAUCAAGAAAGUUGGAGAAUUUCCACAUUGUACAAGUUGAUCAAUAAAUGGCGCCUUUAAUACUUUGAGUUGGAGCUUACUACAGCUGACAUGUAUUUUCUGUGCCAUAAUCGUAUUUAAGAUGCUAUUAUAAAUUUUGACACUUUUUUGUACGUGAUUAUGUGUUUUUUCA